AUGUUGGUCACUACUGAGGACAAGUCUCAUGUUAUUGUUGUUGACAUAGACAGUAAUGGCUGUUGUCACCGGAGCUCGGCCGCCGGCGAGGGGUAUUCCGACGCUGGCGAUCGGUCGGAUGAAGAGCAAAGGUCCUCCCAUGAUCCUGCCACUGAGAUAGUGGGAGUGUGUGAGAAGGAGAGAGGAUCCUCUGUUUCAGAGUGUUCAGUGGAGGUGGAUCUGGAGGAGGGUGCAGUCCCUGAAGUUAAGGUGCAUUUGGAUAUUGUGGAGAGGGAUUGCAGGAUUUGCCAUCUCAGCAUGGAUAUGACCAACCAUGAAUCUGGAACUCCCAUCGAGCUGGGAUGCUCUUGCAAGGAUGAUUUGGCUGCUGCUCACAAGCAGUGUGCUGAGGCUUGGUUCAAGAUCAAGGGCAACAAAACAUGUGAAAUCUGUGGAUCAAUUGCACGCAAUGUAGCUGGAGCUAUUGAAAUUCAAAUGACAGAACAAUGGAAUGAGGCAAAUGAUGCUUCCACGGUACCAACAUCUGGAGCAGCACCACCUACAGAAACUCGAAAUUUCUGGCAGGGUCACCGUUUUUUGAAUUUCCUGCUAGCAUGUAUGGUCUUUGCCUUUGUCAUAUCCUGGCUCUUUCACUUUAAUGUACCCUCUUGA